AUGACAAAGGAAAAUAUUGCUGAGCUGCGUCAAAUCGCGGACGGCGCCGUUAGGCAUAUCCAUGCCCUUCAGGCAUUAAAGCGACCUACGGCCCAAUGGGACGAUUUACUAGUUUACAUUCUAAGUAGCAAGCUCGACACGCUUACCUCGCGGGAGUGGCAGCUAGGAAAGCCAUCCUGCAUUUAUUCCGACAACGGAAAAACGUUCGUAGGCGCCCAAGGACAACUAAAGAAGUUCUUUAAUCUUUUGCGCAACGAACAAACCCAGAUCGAUAUAGCACAUUUUUUACGUGAUCAGGAAACUGUUUGGAAAUUUAUUCCUCCGUAUGCGCCGCAUUUCGGCGGUCUGUGGGAGGCCGCCGUCAAGUCCGCCAAGCGCCACCUCACUCGGAUUGUCGGAAACGCGUCGUUAACAUUCGAGGAAUUGCAGACCAUAUUUUGCGAAAUUGAAGCCAUUUUAAACUCACGCCCUCUCACUCCAUUGAGUGAAGACCCUAACGAUCUGAGCUACCUAACUCCGGGUCAUUUUAUAAUCGGCACCGCUUUGAAUAGUUUCCCUUACCAGGAUUUAAGCAAUGUAAACGAAGGCAGACUGGUGCGAUGGCAGCGCGUCGAGCAGGUCAGACAACACUUCUGGCAUAGAUGGAGUCAGGAGUACUUGCACACCUUGCAGGAACGAACCAAAUGGAGGACGAGCAAGGGUGAGCAGCUAAAAUUGAACCAAAUGGUGCUACUGAAACAGCCAGGGCUGGCUCCCCUUCAAUGGUUACUCGGUCGAGUGGAGAAGCUACAUCCCGGAGCUGACGGCAUCAGCCGAACAGCCACCAUCCGCACUGCCAGAGGGCUGUUCACAAGGCCGCUAUCCAAGAUCGCCAUUUUUUAA